AUGCAUGUCCUCUUGAAGUUACACCGCUCUGUUGUUGCCCGUCCGUCUGUUCUCGCCGCUCGAAGGCGCACGCAACAAUGGCGUUUCUACUCCAGCGCAAUUCCCCCCUCCAGUGAUACCCUUCCCCUGGCAGGAAUUCGUGUUCUAGAUAUGACGAGAGUGUUGGCUGGUCCAUACUGCACUCAGAUACUAGGAGAUUUAGGAGCCGACGUGAUCAAAGUAGAACACCCCGUUCGUGGCGACGACACCCGCGCCUGGGGUCCGCCCUAUGCCAAGUACCAGAAUGAGUCGCAUCAGGGCCCCGGUGAAAGUGCUUACUACCUUGCGGUCAACCGCAAUAAGAAAUCCAUUGGUCUCUCCUUUGCGCACAAACCCGGAGUCGAAAUCCUGCACCGACUUGUCAAAGAGUGCGACGUGCUGGUGGAAAACUACCUUCCGGGCAGCCUCAAGAAAUAUAACAUGGACUACGAAUCACUACGGUCUAUUAACCCCAAGCUGAUCUAUGCUAGUAUCACCGGCUAUGGCCAAACGGGCCCAUACAGCAACCGGGCCGGUUACGAUGUCAUGGUGGAGGCCGAAAUGGGCUUGAUGCACAUCACCGGAAACCGGGAUGGUGAUCCCGUCAAGGUUGGUGUGGCCGUUACGGAUCUGACCACCGGGUUGUACACGUCGAAUGCCAUCAUGGCUGCCUUGCUGGCCCGGGCACGGACCGGGAAGGGGCAGCACAUUGAUGCAUGUCUAAGCGACUGUCAAAUCGCCACAUUGGCCAACAUUGCCAGCUCCGCUCUAGUCAGCGGGGAGAAGGACUCGGGGAGAUGGGGGACCGCCCAUCCAUCCAUUGUUCCCUACAGGAGCUACCGGACGAGGAAUGGAGACAUUCUCUUUGGGGGCGGUAACGACAGGCUCUUCGGGGUGUUGUGCGAUCGUCUAGGGUAUCCCGAGUGGAAGACAGAUCCUCGUUUCGUCACCAACCAAGACCGUGUGCAGAAUCGAAAAGAGAUCGAUAGUCUCAUCGAGAAGAGGGUCAAGCAGAAGACCACGCAAGAGUGGUUGGAAAUCUUGGAAGGUAGUGGAAUGCCUUACGCAGCCGUCAAUGAUAUCCAGGGGACCCUGAAUCAUUCCCACGUCCAAGCUCGUGGAAUGGUUACGGAAGUCGACCAUCCAGCAUGUGGUCCCAUCAAGGUCGUCAACACACCCAUUAAGUACUCCCACGCGACCCCUGGUGUCCGGACGCCUCCCCCAACUUUGGGCCAGCACACAGAUGAAAUCCUUGGAGACCUCCUGCAGUACAAGCCCGAUGAGAUUGCUCGGUUAAAGCAGGACGGAGUGCUGUCAUAG